UUAGAUGCGGCCGCUCUGCUUCUUUUUUCUUCGGAGUCUCCGACGUUGCUCCGGCGACAUGUCUCGCUGCUGUUCUCAGUGUGGUCAUAAUGGUCAUAAUUCUCGCACGUGUGCGGAGUCCGGUGGCGGUGGCGGUGGUGGUGAUGGUGGUUCCGAAGGGAUCAUGCUGUUUGGAGUGAGAGUCACUGUGGAUUCGAUGCGUAAGAGCGUCAGUUUGAACAAUCUGUCGCAGUAUGAGCAGCCUCACGAGUCUUCCAACGCCGAUGCCACCCCCGCCACUGGAUACGUUUCCGCCGACGAUGUGGCUCACCACUCCUCAGGGAAUCGCGAGCGCAAGCGAGGUGUCCCAUGGACCGAAGAAGAACACAAGCUUUUCCUGGUUGGAUUGCAGAAAGUUGGAAAAGGAGACUGGCGAGGAAUCUCCAGGAAUUUCGUGAAAACUCGAACUCCAACACAGGUCGCAAGUCAUGCUCAGAAGUACUUUCUCCGCAGAAACAAUCUCAAUCGACGACGCCGCAGAUCUAGCCUCUUCGACAUCACCACCGAAUCGGUCACGGCAGUUCCAAUGGAAGAAGAGCAAGUACUUCACCAUCAAGAGAACACAUCUCAAUCGCAGCAGUCUCCUAAGACUUUUUCCGAGACCGGCAGUGGCGGUGGAUUUCCGGUUGUGCCAGCUUUUCCAAUGCCGAUAAAUCCGGUGGUUGUACCAGUUCCGAUUCAGAAUCCAAUGGAAAACCUAACUCUAGGACAAAAUGAUGUUAAUACAAGGCUGGUCCGUCCGAUUCCCGUUCUUCCUAUUCCUCCCGAGUCAACGGAUCUCAACUUGAAUCUGAAGUCCCCAGUAGAUCCAUCCCCCUUGUCACUGAAGCUCUCCCUGUCAUCCAAUCAGAAUCACCCAAAUCAACCAUCUAGGCACUCCGCUUUUCAGGCUAUGUCAAGCUUCAACAACGGUGAUAGCAUCAUAAGCGUUGCUUGAGAAAAACCGUUGAUGAAUGGCUAUGGAUAAUUAGAGCGAUCAGGUUAGGGAAAAUUAGGUGACUAUGUGUCUCUAGUAUUUUCCUUUGUUUGUACAGGACCAGUCUUGCUGCUUGCAAUUUUUUUUUUCUUAUGCUCUUGUAUUAGGUCCUUGUUUAUUUCCCUUCUUUUCUCUCUAGUUGUAUAAACUCAAAACAAUACAAGUGCUGUUUCAUUGCUGAUAUUGGUGUUUGGUCC